CGGGUUUCCCGCUGGCUCCGCUGCUGUGGCUCUCAGGAGCCAUUUUGGACGCUGUUCAGCUUUUCGCAUGUCAGUCCCUCCUGCCCCCUCCAACUGCCCCGGCAGAGGGGGAGAAACACACGAGCUCGCGCACACAAGGGGGCUUCGCUUCUACUCCAAGCGUCCGCCAAACUCUCGCUCCUCCACGCUGGCCCGGGCAGGAUGAACUGCUGGAUAAUUGUGGCAUCAGGGACUUUAUUUCCGAACAGCGCGCGUCUAAAGGAUACACUGUGUUGUUGUGAAUGAGAGCUCGUGUUGUUAUUGUAGCGUUGACGAAACGCGCGCAGGCCCGCGGCUCCUUCGCGUUCAUGUGUUUUAUUCCAUUCUUAAAUGCUUUCACGGCAUAAAGGACACCAUUUAGCGCCAGGAUCCUCGAAGGAAGGAAUAUGUUUGUUCCCUGGCUGACUUUUGCACUCAUCUGGUGCACAGGAGCCAGUCAUGCGGAGGUGGCGACCAGAGAGUGCGUCUACUACAAUGAUAACUGGCGGACAGAGAAAACCAAUCAGAGUGGCUUUGAGAGGUGUGAGGGGGAGAAGGACAAGAGACUCCACUGUUACGCCUCCUGGUUGAACUCCAGCGGGACCAUCCGCCUGGUCAAGAAAGGCUGCUGGCUCGACGACUUCAACUGUUACGACAGACAGGAGUGUGUGGCCACAGAAGAGAGUCCGCAGGUGUUUUUCUGCUGCUGCGAGGGAAACUAUUGCAAUGAGAAGUUCACACACCUGCCAGAAGCCAUCGCCCCAGCAGUAAAAAUCCAGCCUCCAGACCCAGGCCCGUCUCUCCUGGGCGUGCUGGUUUAUUCCCUUCUUCCUCUGGCCAUCCUCUCUCUGGUCCUGGUGCUCGCCUGCUGGACGUACCACCAACGCAAACCACCCUACAGACACGUCGACAUCGGCCAGGAUGCUGGUCUUCCUCCACCGUCUCCACUGGUCGGACUAAAGCCUCUGCAGUUGCUGGAGUUGAAGGCUAGGGGGCGCUUUGGCUGUGUGUGGAAGGCCCAGUCCCUGAGCGAAUAUGUGGCGGUGAAAAUAUUUCCCAUCCAGGACAAGCAGUCAUGGCAGAACGAAAGAGACAUUUACCUCACCGAGGGUUUUAAACAUGAGAAUAUUCUACGCUACAUCUCAGCUGAGAAACGAGGCACCAACCUUCAGAUGGAGUUGUGGCUGGUCACAGAAUUCCACGAAAGGGGCUCGCUAACAGAUUACCUGAAGGGGAACCCGGUGAGCUGGCCUCAGUUGUGCCAUAUUUCCGCAAGUAUGUGCCGUGGCCUGGCGUACCUUCAUGAAGACCUUCCUUACCGUGCAGAGGGACCUAAACCAGCGAUUGCACACAGAGAUUUUAAGAGCAAGAAUGUCCUGCUCAAGAUGGAUUUAACCGCAGUGAUUGCAGACUUUGGGUUAGCGGUGCGCUUUGAGCCUGGGAAACCGCCUGGAGAUACGCACGGUCAGGUGGGAACGCGCCGUUACAUGGCCCCAGAGGUGCUGGAGGGAGCCAUUAAUUUCCAAAGGGACGCCUUCCUGAGGAUCGACAUGUACGCUCUAGGACUGGUGCUCUGGGAACUGGUGUCUCGCUGCACCGCCUCUGAUGGUCCUGUAGGCGAGUACCAGCUGCCCUUUGAGGAGGAGGUGGGCCAGCACCCUUCCCUGGAGGACCUUCAAGACGCGGUGGUCCACAAGAAGAUACGGCCCAUCUUUAAAGACUGCUGGAUUAAACAUCCGGGUUUGGGCCAGUUAUGCGAGACCAUCGAGGAGUGCUGGGACCACGACGCCGAGGCUCGGCUCUCCGCGGGCUGUGUGGAGGAGCGCAUCUCCACCGCCUCCAGGGCACCCAACACCAUCAACACGUCUACCUCAGAGUGCCUGGUCUCCAUGGUCACGUCUGACAGCGACACGGACCUUCCUCCCAAAGAGUCCAGCACCUGAACCUGAACGCUGCAGAGUAAUCAACCUCUCCAGUAAUGUGAACUUUGCUGCUAAUUUGAUCUCUUGAUCGUCAUGUAUUUAAUUUUUUCGCAUCGUUGGAUCGGUUUCACCAGCACAUUCAUCUACUGUAUUCUUCCUCUCGGAAGGCAGACACACAAAAAAACCCUCAAACGUGAGAAGACUGAACUCUCAGAGGGCAUUCAGGGGAUUGUUUCAGACUGCUGGGAUAUGAGCACACGUUACCUCAUCAUUUUUAAUGCCAUUUUUAUGUUGUUGGUUUGUUUUUUUGCCUUCACUCCAUGAAUACCUCCAUCCGAACGCUCUACCCCGGAUUUAUCGAGUCUACGCGACGAUCUGAUGACUGUUACACUAAAGCAACCUUCCCAAGAGCACACAUGGUCCUCUUUGUUCUCAGUGAAUUUUAGCGUAGUUUUAUUGCUGUUUACCUGUACCCUUUCUUCCCUGAAAUGUCUCGUGGGAUGUUGUUUUUUCUUAUUUGCGUUUGUGACGGCAGUGGUCUGGGACACUGGAAGCUGAAGGCAGCAGGACUGUUAUGAUUUGAGUUGCCUUUCAGAGCGUCGGGAUAGAUUUUAAUGUAGCAUCCGCUUGUCGUUGACGCGUUAAAUUGAAGUAUCAGAAGUGCCAUCAGUAGAGCAUCCCGAGCGGCGUGUUUUAGCGUUCGUUGUUUCUGCGUGACAAGAGCUGCAGUUAAUUUUUUUUUUUACGCUGCGGCCGCACAAAGACCAGCGCUGCGUUACAGGUUUGAUUUUCAAUCACAGCUAAAUGUAUCGGUGCAUCAGGAAAGUGUGUGACGUUUCUCCACUACACUACUCAGGUAAACUCUGUGCACGUGAUUGUGUGACCGCUCACUUUUACAGCAAUAGUUCUCCGCAUUAUGGUGAAUCUCACUAAGAAAAACCAGGGUCAUAAAUCAUUUUCAAAUCAAAAUGGAAAAAAUAUUGAAUUAUACAGUUCUCCAAGAAAUUAAAGCUUAUUUUUAGGGCCAAGGGUGCUGUUAUAUUCAUAACCGUCAAACACACUUUCACCUAAUAAUCAUUGACGUAAUGCUAAACAAUUCAAAUGAAAAGAAAUUUGUGUAAGGAAUUUGGUACAACAAAAACUACCUUAAAAUAUAUUUAAUUUGUAGAGCACAAAUGUAAAAUAUAUUUACAGAUGUGCUUAACAAAUGUUAAAUUUCUUGCAUCAGUAGUAAAACUUUUUUUUUUGCACAUCACAAGUGAUUUAAAAAUAUAUAUAUUAUUAUUAUUGCCAAAAUGGGCUUAAUUUUCAUGUCACAAUAUAAAAAAAAAUCAUAAUGGUCCUAAAAUAGGAUAAGUUUUCUUUAAUUUAGCAGAAAAUAAAGCAAAAUGUGGGCUUUUGCAGCAUACAUUUAUAACCGUAGAUAAGGAACAGUUUUUGUCCCACAAGUUAUUACCGUAAUGCAAAAAAAAAAAACUGUAAAAGUAUAGAAAUAAUUUGUAAAGAUUUUUGUUCUAAUGAUGUGAAGCACAACAAAAAUUACUAUAUUUUAUAAUUUUAAUGUUUGGUUUUUUUUCCAUUCAACAAAUAUUUUUUUUCUUUUUUGCAUUACGGUAAUGAGAACAAAAUGUGCUACACAUUUAUGAAAAUAAUGUCAAAGUAUAUUUACAAAAAACAUAAUGGUCCUAACAAUUAAGCAACAAUUUCUCCCCCAAAUUAUCAUUACCUUAAUGCAAAAUAAAAAAACAAAAGCACAGAUUUUUUUAUUUUAAUUUUUGCACUGUUGUAAUGACAAUAAAAUUCGCUGAAAUAUCUUUAGGACCAUUAUGAUUUUUUUUUUUUUUUUUUUUUAAUAUUGUGAAAUUAUUUUAAAGUUGACUUUAUUAACUUUCUAGUUUCUUAUUUUUUCUGUUGAUGUUUGAGGUGAAAAAUGACCUGGACAUUUCUUGAUUCACGAUCAUCACAGCAGUGAUUUCUCCGAGCUGGCCUGUUUCAGCAAUAACUUCAGCAGUGAAGAAGACUGAAUGUCCGUAGUGCUGGAAUCUGCUCUGUCAAACUGUUCAAUCGUCUCAUGGACUCCCAGUGUUGUUCAGAAACAGGCAGCUUUUAUCAAACUCGUUCAGCGUAACACUAAAACCAUCACUGAAUAUCCACCUUCAUUCGCUCAGUGAUUAGAUAUACCUCAGAAAUUGUGAGUUUUUUUUAUAUACAGUAUAUAAAUAUAUAUAUAUAUAAAAAGUAUUUUAUUCUGUUUUGUGGUAGCAAUAUAAUUUAAUAUACAGCUGCUUUUCUGUGAUUUUAAAGGAGAUCUUUUUAUUUUUACUCGGUUAUUUUUAACAGAAGGUGCUCUGAAUUUGAUCGCCAGGUGCUCGGUGCAUUUCACAAGGUUUUUUUUUUUGUGUGUGUGUGUGUGUGUGUGUGUGUGUGUUUGCUUUGAGUCAAGCAUCCACAGUUGAAAUAGCUUCUGUGGUUCAGAAUAACUGUUCUCUGAGGACAUGCAAACCUUUCACAGUUUUUCGUUUGUUUGUUUGUGUGGUACAUGUAUCUUCCUUCGUCUCCACCUUAACAAUUGUAUUAAGUUGGAUUUGUCUAUUAUCAAAUCAGGGAUUUGAAAUAUAAUUAAAGUAUUGCAGUGCAAGUUGUGCAAAUUUUAGUUUAAGCCAAACUUUGUAUCCUAUAUCAGGUGUUGAUGUGUGAUGUAUAUAAUGAUAUUAGAUCUGCUAAAUGAUGUAGUUGAAGCAUCUUUUACUCUUGUUAUAUUUCUCUACGUUUCACAUAAAUUGAAGAAGUGUUCAUACAUUAGGACUACCUGAGUACAGAUUUCCCAUGAUCCUUUGCUGGCCUGAUGUGGGCUGGUUCUCAUUAAGGAGAUAUGAUGGAGGUCUGUUGAUGUGUUUUGAUUUUUAUUAUUUUUACUGCUGCUAAUGUAGUAAAUGUGUUGUGUUGUCCCUGUUUGGGUCAUUUCAGAUUCUGCUGCCAUGUUCAGUAUUUUGUUGAAAUAAACAUUACCCAUGUUUCUCACUCAAACGUCA